ACGAAUCACAAGUGUGUUAUUUCUCUCCUUACACAACAAAUACCUAUCAUUGGCGACGAGUCGGACCUUGCGUGCACAAUAAAGGAGAAUGGGUGGUGUUAGCAUUGGCAGUGUACCUCUGUUUGAUCAUGGUCAUCAGGACUGGUCCGUGUAUAAAGGACGUUUUGAACAGUGGUGUUUGGCUAAUGAUAUUACCGAAGCAAAUGACACAAAAGGUGUAAAAAGACGGGCAAUUCUAUUAAGUGCGUUAAAUGAGUCGACAUACAAGUUGGUGCGGGAUCUCUGCCAACCUAAGGAUGUCACUGAGCAAUCAUAUGCAGCUGUAACUUCACUACUGGAUGCUCACUUUCAACCAAAGCGGUGUUUGAUUGCGGAUCGUCAACAUUUCUACAAUGCGUAUCAACUACCCGGUGAAAUUGUCAAGGACUGGGCCGCCAGGUUGAGAAAUCUGUCACAAUUCUGCAAGUUCAAAGAUCUUGACGAAAUGCUGCGUGACCGAUUUUUGAUUGGCAUGAGAAUGGGACCCGCUCGUGAUAAAUUGUUUGCCGAGGAUGCGGGUACCCUCACCCUCGCCAAGGCCGUGGAUAUCGCCGAGAGUGUGGAGUGUGCUCGUGAUGCAGCACGGCAGUCAGCGUCCACGUCAGUAAUGGAACCUUCAGGAGGUGUUCAUCGAGUUACGGUUUCAGUCCCAAAUAAGAAGAAAAAGUGUGACGUGUGUGGCUACACUAACCACACUGCAAAGGACUGCAGGUUUGCAGGUUAUACCUGCAAGAAAUGCGGCGCACGUGGCCAUCUUCAGAAAAUGUGCACAAAGAGUGACAAAGUAAAAACGCAUAAUUAUUUGGAAACAAAUAUGGAUGUUGGCGAUGACGUGUUUACAGAGUAAAUAUCAUAGGGGAGUAAGGAAAAUCAACUUUGAAUUGCAAGAAAUAGUUUUAGUAAAACUGUAUAAUAAAAAAGGAUGGUCAAAAGGGAUUAUAAAAGAAAAACUAGGGAAUAGUGUUUAUCUAGUACAUGUAUCAAGUGCAAAUGUUGUUAUAAAGAGGCAUGCAAAUCAAUUGUUAAGAUGUAUAGACCAAACAGAUAACAGUAAUACAGAUGGAUAUGACGUAAACACGUACGACUCAAUUGGAAUAUCUGACCUCGGACCAAGUAUGCCCUUAGACAGCACCGCUCCCAGCAUGCCGUCAACUAGCAGCGCCCCACCACCACCACCCGCAGAAGUGAUGGAGCACAGCAGUGUCAGCCUGCAGGAGGAGGAAGAGGGGUAUGCUACCCCUACUCCUGAUCAUGAUGAAUCAGCUUGGGAGCCGGACAGAGACCUAUCCACUGAGCCAAAUCUUGUGCCGAGAAGAACAAGAAGAGACGUGCCUCGAGUUAAUUAUAAGGAGUUUCUGUAACUUUAGAGGGGGAGGAUUGUUAUGUAUGCAUAGUUAUAGUAUAGGUAUACCUUGCGCCCGGCGCGGAUCGAGAGUUUGUGCCUACAAUAAACCAGUUGCAAAUUGCCGUCUAACGAA